CUUUUUAAAAAAUUUAAAAGGACUUGUUAGCUAACUUUUUAAGCUCUAUAAUAUAAGUCCAUCAUCAUUUUAUACCUCGGGUUCCCCUUAAUAUGCAAAUUUUCGAAUGAAAGCAGACGGGUGUACUUUGUUCUCCUUUGUUUUAUUUUUUUUUAUUUUAGAAAUAAAAGUAUACAUAUUUUUAGAAAAGGACCAUUUUCACCCAAAAAUGAACAAAUUUAGUUCACCAAGAAAUCUUUGCUUCAAGGAAGAUGAAUUUAUUGAUUUAAACUUUAGCGUAGACAAUUUUGUUGCAACAUGUAAAGAUCGUGUUUCAAUGGCUGUACUACGUGAAGACUUGGAAGCACAUUAUAAAAAUAUACAACUUGCUUUAAUUGAACUGAUUAAUCGAGACUAUGCUGAUUUUGUUAGUUUAUCUUCGAAUUUGAUUGGUACUGAGAAAAGUAUCGAUCAUAUAAACACGCCUCUGGGACAACUAAAAGAAAAGAUUUUGAGUGUCAAAGACGAUUUAUCUGGUGCUUUAGCUGUCCUAAAGAAAAAACUGGAACAGCGAAAAAAAAUAAAAGAUAAAAAGUCUCGUUUGCAUCACUUGAUUAUGGUUGUACAUUCAGCUGAGAAAAUAGAAAAAAUAAUUACUGCAGAUCCAAAGUCGCAUGAUAUGGAGAUUUUUAUGAGUGAAGACAGAAAUCAUCCGGGUCACUUUUUAGAGCGUAUUGCCGGAGAGUUUAACCAACUACAAUUCCAUGUCAAUCAAAGUAAAGGACAUCCAAUCAUUGAAACAAUUCGUCCUAGGGUUGCUUUGAUCACAUCUAAACUGCAGGAAAACUUAGAAGUCACUUUUGAGCAAGGAAUUCUCAACAAACAACCUGAGCUUACACUGCGUUGUUUACGGACGUAUGCACUCAUUGAUAAAACAUCAUACGCUGAAACAUUAUUUAGACAUUUAGUUGUUGAACCUUUUGUUACAGAAGUCGUUAGUGAUACUUACUUGAAAGAACACGGUAUUGAGAACCUUUGUAAAGCGAUCAUACAUUUUAUUGAUGAAGAAUGUAGUAUUGUGUUAGCAUUAACGUCAGAGACAAGACGCAAAGCAAAUCUUAUGCACGACAGCAAGGACCAAAUUGUGAAGGGAUUUAAUUUUCUUUUGAACAGUGUUUGGGUUGAGUUGGUUCAUGCCUUUGAGGAAAAACUACCAUUGAUUUUCUCACCGGGCAAUCCAGAUGUUUUUUUACGCCGUUACAAGAUCAUGAUGAAGUUUUUAGAUGAGUUUGAAGAUAGAUGCGUUUCAGCUGAUUCCUUUAAAAAUCUUCGAAUUCAUCCAACUUUCAAUUCGUUCAUGAUAAAGUGGAGUUUACCUGUCUACUUUCAAAUCAGAUUUCAAGAAAUUGGUGGUAAAAUCGAAGUUGCAGUACAUGAUCCUUUUGGCAAGUCUCCUAAAGAAUUGUUUAUGACCAACAUUGUUGGUAGUUGUUGGCUUGGUAUUGUGCAAUGCUGGAAAGGUGAUGUUUACAUACCUGCGUUAAAAGGACGUUUUUGGAAGCUGUGUUUACAGGUGAUUAAUAGAUUAUCGAUAUUUUUCAAAUCAACUUCAGAACACACGGCUGUAUAUAAAGAUAUCACAGUGGAGAAUCUAUCACACCUACUUGGUGACGGUCUCUAUUUCUUAAAGAAGGUGGAAGAAUAUUACAAAGAGGUAAUCGAUAUAUAUAUAAAAGAAAUAGGACCAAGUGAUACAAACCUUUAUAAAGAUGCACUUAAUGAAGCAUGUAAUGGAUUAAAAGAGCAGCUACAUGUUCUUGAUGAACAUCUCGUCAAGCGAGUAGCAGAAGAAGGAAGCACGUUUUUAGACAACGUAAAAAAUGUUCCGAGGCUAUAUCGAAGAACAAACAAGGAGCCACCACAGCAACCUUCUUCAUAUGUGUCUGCUGCUUUUACACCUCUGACAAACUUCAAGAAAACUUCUAGUACAUUAGAUGAACGUAGAAAAGAGGAUGUUGUGAAGUCAGCUGUUAUAGCAAUGACGUCAUCUUAUUACUGUUCUGUGAACGAACUUCUAACUGCCAUAAAGAAGACUGAAGACAGUCUACAAAGAUUGAAACAACAACGAAAAGCUGUUACCGGUCAGUGUGAUGCAAGUACAGGUACGAAGACAAAUGAGAUAUCUGAUGAGAAUAAGAUACGCAAACAAAUCUAUCUUGAUGCAGAAGAAUUUGGAAAACAAGUUCCAGUCAAAUAAAACUCAAGUGUCCGUCCGACAGAUUUUUACCGGUUUUUAUGUGGUUGAUGAAGCUUAUUUCUCUGCAACUGUGCAUUUUUUCUUUAUGAAAAUCAAGGUCCUUUAAUUUAGAAAAUGUUGGUCCUGGUCUUAAAGGAUAGUUUUAAACUAAGUCAAUAUUUUGCCUUGAAAUAGAAACAAAGCCUUAUUUAUUCAAAUCGAAUGAGACGUUCGAUUAAGAAAAUCGAAUAUUAAAAAAAACAAUGAUAGAAUGAUCGAUGAACGAGAUUGUUUUUGGAAUGCAUUAUUUAUACGUGGUCGGGUCGCAUAAAAAGCAUAAUUAAAGGUAUGUUUUAUAUUCUUUUGUUUUUGUUGGAUAUUUUAGUUAUGAGAUUUUUUUUAUAAUUAUUUUAUAAUUUAUGACAUUUUAAAGUCACGUAACAUUUUGUGAUGUCUAGACAUGACUCGGCCAAAUAAGACAUCCGCUUCAAAAAAUAAGGAUUACUGUAAACGCUACCGUGAAAGAAAUGUAGAAAAAAUUAAAGAAAACGGCCGUUUACGAAAAAAACAUUCUCGCGCUUUAAAGAAAAUGGAAGGUGGUAUUGCAUACCUAGAAGCGAAGCGAAAAAAUCGGGAGAGGAUGAGAAAUGCAAGAAAACAGAAAAAAGAAAAUGAAGCCUCAGUACUAAUUACUUCGCCCGUCCCUUUACCCCAAGUGCCAUCGUCAUCGUUUUCAUCAAAACAAAGAAGAGCGCGAUCAAUUAAACGAGCGGAAGAAGGCUUACCAGGAAGUCCGCGUAAACGCCUUGAAAUCAUUGGCAGUCUUGCGCAAAAAUAUAAAGUUCUACUCGCUCGCCCCUCUAAUAGAGGAAGACAAUUUCGUGCGUUGGACGAAGACCAAACUGCUUGGCUUAUGGACUUUCUAGAUCGUCCAGAUAUUACCUGACAAAUCCGGGGACAAAGGAAAGUGUGUACAUUGGCAAGAUUAACGGUUGGAUUAGAUUAACGGUUAAUUGGGAUGAGAAGAAAAUCAUUGACAGAGAAUCCAGCUAGGAACAACGGCUAGGAAGAUUAAAGAAACCAUCAACAGUGUAGCACGUAACAAACACAUAAACAGCAUCUCGUAUCAA